AUGCACUCUGGUGACAUCACGCUUUGGUUCGCCCAGCUGGACACUUAUUUUUCGGCCCAUGUGGUGUCUCUCGAACAGCAAGUAAGUUUAUUGUACUGUGGGAUGCCUACCCCUCUUGCACACUCAGUGAGAGAUCUUAUCACUGACCCACAUCCAGACGCAACUUAUGUGUCCGUUAAAUCUGAGGUUCUCCGACGGAACACCCAAUCCGCCAACAGCAAAUUCCAGAUGCUGAUGCAGGAUGAGCACCUGGGAGACAAGACGCCAUCUGGGUUUCUUCGUCGUUUACGUGAAGUCAGCGACACAUCACCAGAGGACAAUUCUCUGCUCAGAAAAUUAUUUUUCUCUCGGCUGCCGCUGAAUGUCCAAUCCAUACUGGCCACAGUGGUCGACUCGAAUUCGCUUGACCAGUUAGCCACCAUGGUGGACAAAAUUAUUGAGUUCACUGUGCAGCCUGCACCUCAUCAUACCUGUUCAGACACAGCAGUAGCUUCCUCUACUACUGUUAAGCCCACUCCCUUGUCACAUGACGACAUUUUGGAGAGAGUCGAUGCGUUAGCACGUCGCAUGGACACAUUGUGGUGA